GAAGGCCCGAUUUCUUGCGGAGGCGCCUCUCUCUCUAUCUCUCACUCUCUCUCUCUGAUGCUGUUCCCUUUCUCUCCGCCUUCCUCGUCUCCCUUCUCCGCGAUGCUCUUGCAAAGACUUCUCGGCUCCGUCGCUCGACGCCAACUCCCUUCUGCCUUCCCCCUCCCCAAAUCGGUCUCCACUGUGAUAUCGAGGCCUGCCGGUCGGAGUCGGCUGGGGUUUGCCCCGAGCCAGAGCUUCGAGUUGCCGCUCAUGGCGUCGUCCGCCCCCACCGAGGACGCCCGCCGCUCCUCCUUCGUCCCCCUACCACCCUCCACUGCAGAUAAGGCUACGUUGUACAAAGGACUUGAAGCAACAUUAGGAUCAACCUUCAGUUCAGCUCCUUCUUUCCCGCCACCAAAUCCCUUGAUCCUUGUUGUCAGUGGACCAAGUGGUGUUGGCAAAGAUGCAGUUAUCAAGAGGCUACUAGAAGUCCGGGAAGGAAUUCAUUUUGUUGUUACAGCAACCAGCCGACCACAACGACCAGGUGAAGUUGAUGGGAAGGACUAUCUUUUUGUAACCAAGGAGGAGUUUCUUUCAAUGAUUGAAAGAGAUGAGCUUUUGGAACAUGCUCUUGUUUAUGGGGACUAUAAAGGAAUCCCUAAACAGCAGAUUCGUGACUACAUGGAUAAGGGUUUUGAUGUUGUAUUGAGAGUGGACAUACAAGGUGCUGCUACACUGAGAUCGAUACUUGGCAACUCAGCAGUCUUCAUUUUUCUGGUUGCAGAGAGUGAAGAAACACUAGUAAAAAGGCUUGUAGCUCGUAAGACAGAAACAGCAGAAAUGCUUCUUGUCAGGAUUGCGACAGCUAGGGAAGAGGUUAGGCAUCUCAAAGAAUUUGACUAUGUUGUUACAAAUGCUGAAGGAAAACUGGACGACACAGUUAAACUUGUGGAGUCCAUCAUUGAUGCUGAGAAGGCUAAAGUCCACAGGCGCAAUGUCCAGAUCUAGUUCAAGAGAUAUUUCACCAUCCAUUUUUAUCCUUCGAGGGAAACCACAAGGACGAAAGAACUCUUGUAUCCUUAGUUGUUAGGGGCAGUGUACAUUGCCUCCUGCAGAGUUUUUGCAAGGAUGUAGGUGAUAAAAUUGGGUUUUGUUUUUUCUCUUUAUUUUCUUUGUGGUGGUGUCCAGUUUAUUAUCAAGAGGAAAAGGUGGCCUGUCACUGUGUUCCGGCGUGUUGGUGGCCAUGAAUCUUACCAGAAUCAGAUAUGCCCCCAUUAUCCAUGCAA